UGCAGAGUAAUCUGAAGUUUUCCCUCCUGCCGAAGAGGCUGAUAAUCUGUAAGCGUUUAGCUCAGUGUCUGCACCCGGCCCUGCCCAGCGGGGUGCACCUCAAGGCCCUGGAGACCUAUGAGGUCAUCUUCAAGAUCAUCGGAACCAAAUGGCUCGCCAAGGAUCUCUUCAUAUACAGCUCGGGGCUGUUCCCGCUCCUGGGUCACGCCGCCAUGGCGGUGCGGCCGUCGCUGCUGAAGCUGUACGAGCGCUACUUCCUGCCCCUGCAGCGCUCCCUGCUGCCCAGCCUGCAGGCCUUCGUCAUGGGGCUGCUGCCCGGCCUGGAGGAGGGCCUGGAGGUCUAUGACAGAACUGACGCUCUGAUGGUGAAGCUGUCCCUGCUGGUGGGGCAGCACCUCUUCUAUAGUGCCCUUUGGAGCAGCAUACUGAUCAGCCCCCUGCUUCGCCUCCCCGCCACCUCCUUCAUCGUCCUCCACUUCGACCGCAUGGGCUCCGGCCAUGAGCAGCGGUACAUGCUGGGGUCCAACCACAUGCUGGCGAUGCAGGCCAUUUAUCUGGCUCUGCAGGAUGCUAACGUGCUGGUGCAGAGGAACACAUUGGAGAUCCUGCUCUUCUUCUUCCCUCUCUCCUCCUGUCAGGAUCCAGCCGAGGCCUGCGUUCCCAUUACUCAGGAUGACGUGGUCAGCAUCAUGUCUGCUGCUUCCCUCACCCUGCUGAGGAGAGACCUGUCACUCAACAGGAGGAUGUAUGCUUGGCUCCUGGGUACAGACUGCAAGGGGGGCAUGGUAGCCCCAGACCCCAACAUAUCCACCACACUGGAGUGCCACGGCACCUUCUACUUUGAUAAAUACUCCAGAGACUUACUAAUACAGGCUCUGAUAAACAUCCUGGAGCAGAAGAAGACAUUCACAGAUGCAGAGAAUGUGCUGGAAUACCUCAGACCCCUUAGGAUCAUCAUCAUCCUGCUGGAAAAACCAGAGAUAGGUACUCAGGUAGCAGGUGAGCUGAUGUUGGAGGUGAUCAGGGCGCUGUACAGGUGCUGCAGAGGGCCAAUCACUGGGGGCCAGGGUACCAGAGAGAACAGGAACAUGGCCGAGCUCCUGAAGACCAUGAACGUGCUGAUCAGCUCCCUGGGCACCGAGUACCUGUGGGACUACAUGAGUGGGCAAUUUCACUCCUGUCUCAGCAUGGGUAACUCAGGAGACCCAUCAGCCUCUGCACACACAGACAGGAGGUCUCCACCCCCCAGGGCUCCCCCCUCCCUCUCUGAGCUCUCUGAGCUCAUUACCUUCCUGCUGGAUGUCAUCCCCCUGGAGCUGUACUCUGAAAUCCAGACCCACUACCUGCCUCAGAUGCUGGUCAGAAUGCUGCGUGCCCUGCAGGGUCACAUGACCACCCUGAGCCUAUCAGAACUGACCCAGGGCCUGAACGCCUGCUUGAAGGUGCUGACCAGGAUCCAGACACCUGCAGGCUGCUCAGGGAAGACCAAAGAGCCACAAACCCUGGGGGAGAAAGGGAGCCAGGCCCAGGGUGGGAUGGAGGCGCAGGAAAAGGAAGAGGAAGAGGAGGAGGAAGAGGAAGAAGACCAGACUGCUGAGGAGGGGCUGGAGACAACAGAGCUGACAGGAGAGCAAGAGCAGAAAGAGCAGGAAAAACAGGAAGAGGAGCGGGAGGAGGAGCAGGAGGUGAACAGCAGAUGCUCAGCACUAACUCCGCCCCCGCAGGCUGACUACAGUGCGACAGACCUAGUGGCCCCACCCUCAGAGUCGACCCCGGGCAAUCCGGAGGAGGGGCUUGAGUCAUGCCCAAAGAGGGAGGAUGUGUGGAGGCGGGGCGGCAGCAUGGAGAACAUGGCCAAAUGUGUGGAGGACAUCCUGGCCUCCUUCAUAGCCAGGCACCUCCUCGAUGUGGUGGGGGAGGAGCAGGAACCCGGGGAGGCCGGGGACGCUAAGCCCCCCUUGGGACAGACGGAGAGCCAGGAGCCGCCGCUGAAUCCACAGCCCGGGGGCGCUGCCCCUGACAAACAGAUGCAGCAGGAUGUGGACGGCCCCUCAGGGGACAGGGAGGGAUGGGGGGCAGGACGCCUGGACUGGAGGGAGAGGCUCAAGGCCCGAGAUGGGGGGAGGAUUCCGGAGGCCUGCUGCCGGGCGUUCUCCGUCACGUGUCACCUCCUGCUGGAAUGCACCACCUUUCCCCUGUACCUAUCAGAGGAGGAGAUGGAGGGCCUGUGCGCCUGCGUGUUCCACAGCACAGGAAAUGUUGAGGACACCCUUCCCCUGUGGCUGAUGUCGUUGAUGAUGUGUUGUCUGUUGAAGGACCACCAUAUCCAACAUGUGGCCAUGUCCACCAUGCUAGAACUAGUCGACCGCUCUCAGUCCUUACUUCUGGUAAUAGAAGACAAGAUUCGGCGCUACAAAAGCUCAAAGAAUAACCCCUUCAGUGGUCAGCUGCACAUGGUCACCGCUCCGCCCCUUAACCCCACCCUUCUUACAGUCAUGGCACAGAGCACCGAUUUUUACCAGCGUGUGGCCCAGGUGCUGUGGGGGCAGCUGGAUACGGAGCAGAGGGAACUGCACGUUCCCACCGUGGAGCUCUUCUAUCGCCUGCACUGCCUGGCACCGUCUGCCUCCAUCUGCGAGAAUAUCAUCUGCCAGGAACUAAUCCACAAAGACAAGACUGUUCGUCUGGAAGCCCUCCACAGGUUUUCAGUUUUAUGGCAUUUGACACGAGAGACCCAGACCAAUGUGACCAUGUUGCUCAACCGCUCAUUUGAUAGAUCCUUGUUUGUGGUUCUGGAUAACUUGAACAGUCCAGACGGGGCCAUCAGUACCGCAGCGCAGAGCUGGCUGAUCCGUGUUCUUUCCCUUAACGACGUAAUCCGGAUCUUAGAACCAGUUCUGCUCCUCCUACUCCACCCCACAACCCAGUGUUCUUCCAUCCAAUGGGUCAAACAGAACCUAACAGUGGACAAUCUGCAGCAGCUCAGCUGUAGACAGUGGGAAUUCUCUGGGGAUUUUGGGAGGUCAGCUGAAGCCAUGGCAACUGACGGCCAAUCAGAAGAGAGCCCACUGAGCCAUGUGACGCCUGUGGAGCGUGCAGCGCUGUGGGCUGAGAUGGAGAGUGCUCCUGGGACCGCCAAGAUGGUGACGGAGUCCGCUGAAGAGGACAGGUUCAUGGGAAAGGGGGAAGAGGCGGAGGGAGAGGAGCAGAGAGAGGAGGAGAAAGAGGAGAUGAGACAGGAACGGGAUCAGGAGGUGGAGGAGGAGAGAGAGAGCAGGGAGCACUCAGAACUGGCAGAGUCCUAUAGCAGCUCAGACUCACUCUCCCCUGUGCAGCCGCUGGACUGUGAUAGCAGUGGGGAUGAGACCCCGUCCAUCGACCUGCGAAGGGUGGACUCUGCCCCCACCCUUGGGUCCGAGGACGAGGACCUGGAGCAGGAGGCCAUGGCGCACCUGCGCCUCCUCAAGCAGGAGAAGGAGAAGCGGGAGGCGCUGGAGUCAUUGUUCAGACAUACGCUGCUGUACCUGCAACCGCAUGACUCGGCCCCCGUGUGCCACGCCCUAUCCGUGGUGGAGAUGCUCCUGCGCUCCUGCCCUGCCCCCUUCAUUCAGGCCCUGUGCUCCACCUACAUCCACCCUGACUCCGCCCACCACCGCCUCAUAUGCAACCUGACACAGCGCCACCUUCAGGCACAGGAGGGGCACAGCUUCUAUGCCCCUCUGCUGAUCCCGCCCGUCCGGCCCCGCCCCAUCCUGCUAGUAGAGCUGCUCACCUGCCUGUGCCUGCAGUUCCUCCGUUCCUUUUACCCCUGCUACCUGCAUGUGGACCCGGCCCAGCUCUCCCUCAACCGGGACCUGCAGGUGAAAAGUGCUGAGGUACUGGCCCUGCUCAUGGGCCAGCUGGUGGGUGUGACCGGGAGGCAGGAUGUAGGCGGAGCUGGGAGGCGGGACAUAGGGAUGAGGGAGCUGGUGUGGAGGCUGCUCUCGGGGUGCAAGGUUCAGCGGCAUGCCUUGCUGGCGCUGUGCGCCUCCAUGCACAUCACCCAGAGGCCCGGGGGGGCGGGCCCGCGCAGGGAGGGACUGCUGGAGGAGGACGGCGGGGUCUCGGAAGAGAACCUGAUCAACCUGGGCGGGGGCCAGGCGUGGAGCGAGCAGGCCCUGCAGGUGGAGCUGCUGAAGCUGCUGCAGGUGCUGAUGGUGCUGGAAAAGCAGGUGUGGAUGGGUGGGGCAGGGGGCGGGGCCCCGGGGGGGCAGGUGUGUGUGUCCCCGCUGGGCUGGGAGUGGCAGGAGGCGGUGCUGUUCCAGCAGUCCGCGCGCUCGCUGCAGUAUGUGCAGACACGCCCCCUUCCCGCCCAGGCUAUGCUUGUGUCUGCCGCCGCCCGUGCCCUGCAGCCUUGCUACGGUUACACCCUGCACGCCCACUGGGUGGCGCUCAUCUCUGCCUCCCUGCCGUACCUGGGCUCCUCGCUGGCUGCUAUCUCUGCACCCUUCACUGCCCAGGUCUGCAGGAACCUGGACGAGCUGGUCCAACAGCACCGGUGUCCACCUGAGCCUGUCAGCAGAUGUAGUUUGAAGAAGGAGAACAUGGCCCCUGAUUACCCUCUGACCCUGCUGGAUGGCCUGACCAACAUCACUCACUACUGCCUCCUGCUGCAUACCAAGAAGUCUCUCGCGAUGCCCUACCUGGCAGAUUUCCAGGAUGCUCGCGAAGCUCUGCUGAACGAGCUGCCGCGGAUGCUGGUCACCAUGGUGAUGCUGUGGGGAGUGGUCCAGAAGGAGGAGACGCAGAGGAGUACCCUGAACUCAGAUGGCACCCUCAGCUGCAGCAGGACCUCCCCCACUUCUGUCUACUUUAGGAGCAUCAAGAUCCUGAGGCAGAAAGUUCUGGAGUUCCUGAACCCUCUCGUGGCGCAGUUUGGGGUUCAGGUCAUGGCAUCGGUGGGUGCUGUGUGGGGCGAACUGAGAAGCUGGGGGGGCCACAACCAAAACAAGAUUUUGCCAGUUGCCAAUGAGUUCCAUGUGACUGUAGUGGAGCUGAUUAAGUCUCUGAGCAUGCUCAGUACGAACACCAUUCUGCAGCUGGUCAAAGAGGUGCUCAGAACUAAACCCUACCAGACCAAAGGAGACCAGAACUUCCUCCAGGCCCUUCCCAUGCUGCAUUUCACCUACACCUUCAUCCAGGGUGUUCCUGCGGAGUCCCUCCAGGAUAGCAUCUGUCCCCUUCUAAGCCUCCUGAAGGAGUCUGUGCAGCUGAGCCUGCCCCCCCUGGGGUAUUUCCUCCUGCUGGGGAUCCUCAAUGACUUUGUAAACAGGUCUCCCAAUCUGGACAACAAGAAGGACAGCAGAGAUGUGCAGGAGGUGACGCAGCGGGUUCUGGAGGUUGUGGGUGGGGUAGCGGGAUCCUCCCUGCAGCAGACCAGCUGGCUCAGCCGCACCCUGGAGGUCCGAGCCCAACCGCAAAACCUGGAACACACCCACCUUUACGACUCUGAGACUCUGGCAGAAGCCACAGCAUCAUUCUACAGCAUCCAGGCUCUUGCCCUGCUGGCUGAGGUGCUGGCUCCUCUCUUGGAUGUGGUGUUUCGCAGUGAUGAGAAGGAGAAAGCCCUUCCACUCAUCUCCCGCCUCCUGGACUACGUAUUUCCAUACUUGAAGAACCACAGUAUUUACAAUGUGCCCAGUUUCUGCACCAGUGCACGACUGCUACAGGGCCUGAGCGAGUACGCUUACACCAAACGCGUCUGGAAGAGGGAAGCCUUCGACCUGUACAUGGACCCCCACUUCUUCCGCAUGGAUCCAUCCUGCAUUGCACAUUGGGGAUCCAUUAUUGAUCACCUGAUGACCUAUGAGAAGACCCUGUUCAAGGACCUGGCGAACAUGCAGAGUAGUGCACUGAAGCUCUCUCCAAACUAUGAGCAGAAGGCCAUGCUUCUGAAGCGCCAGGCCUUUGCCAUGAUCAGCGGAGAGUUGGACCAGUACAGUCUCUACCUGCCACUAAUCCAAGAGCGUGUGACAGAGAGUUUGCGUGUGGGGCAGGCUCCUUCAGUGAUGGCACAGAUCUUCCUCCUGUUUCGGGUGCUUUUGCUUCGGAUCUGCCCCCAGCACCUCAUCUCCCUGUGGCCUGUCAUGGUCACUGAACUGAUCCAUGUGUUUGUUAAACUGGAGAAAACUUUGCUGGAAGGCCAAGAACUUUCAAGGAACCCCAGUAAGGGACGAGGAGCACAGGGGACGCAAGAGAGGAACGGACCAGCAUUCCUCUUCUCCCGCAGUGAGCUGGAAAUGUACCUUUCAGCCUGCAAGUUUCUGGACGCUACACUGUGUUUUCCCCCGGAGAGAAUCCCCCUUUUCCAGAUGUAUCGCUGGGCCUUUGUUCCUGAGGUGGAUGUGGACAGCUACAGCGGUCCAGAGAAUAGCAUCAUGGAGGGAGAGGAGGAGUGCCAGCCUCAUGUGGUCAGGGUGCUGGAUGGCCUACGCUGCAGAUACAAGGAACUGAACAUCAUAGGGGAGCUUACCUGCACAGAACACCUGGGCUUCCCGCUCCUCCCCCAGCGCUCCAUCUCCAGCCUCACCCAACUCGAGCCCUUCUUCAGGGCCCUAAGCUGCCCCCCGAAGGGGCCCCAGUCUAUGGCCGACUAUGUGGCCCCCAACAGCAGUAAGAUCCUGAGCAAGCUGGAGGAGAUCAUCCAGAAUGAUUUUCUGGAGAACAUGGACAGCUAGAACCAGGACCUCUGCAACACUGGAGAAUGAAACUGUUCUGUUGGUCUGUGACUGGAAUGUGCAUUACAGAGCUGCUAUUUGAAUCUGCUGUUUGUCAAUAGUUCACUGCGGUCCAUAUGCAAGCCUGUCGUAGAGACUUAUGGAGUUUUCAGCCUCAAACCAGCCUUAAUCUCAAAUAUCAGCAAGAACAGACCAUGUCAGAUUUGGGUUUUAUGUGAGGGGUGAUAAUACUGCCUCAAACUCAAUAGCUGGCAUCAUACCUGGCACAUUUGGUAGAGAUGCUUGAAGUACAUGAAGAGAAUCUUACUUGAAGGAUGUAAAAAAUUCCUUGUUCUCUGUUGAGCCAACAUAUCAUUAAUAAGGUAAAGUGCAGUUUGCUGAAUGUUCCAAUCUGCUUUGCUUUCUUCUAGAAGCAGACAAGGUAUUCACUGUUGCAUCUAAAAUUCUUCAGAUAUAAUUUACAGUAACAGAUGGUAGGUGACUAUAGUCGGAUUUUAAAGUUUUUAUUUCUUAUAGAAUUUACAUAUAUUAUGUUUUUUCACUGUCUAAUUUAAUAAACUAUGUAUUAAUAUUUUAAGAAAGCUGAAAACAUGAUAGAUAAGUUCAUUUGUUGUUUGAAUUAAAAUCAGUAAAUUAUUACUUGUAAAUUAACUCAUUUUCAUUUUAUUUUAUUACCUCUCAUAAAUAAUCUCUUUACUCUGCAUAUCAAAAUGUAAUUAAAAGGGGUCCUUAAAUCCUUAAGAAAAAUGUUUCAUUCGUUUAUAAUAAAAUGAAUGUUACUGUG